UCUGUCCGGAACCGGUCCAAAUUGUUCCCCGCCCAGAACGUGAACCUGUCUGUGCUAGGGUCGUAGCCUGUAUUGUCAGCGUGGCAGUUGUGCAAAAAGUACCACAGUCGUCAUUGUGUGCUGCUAGAUCGUUUACUACCUAAAAUCUCAUUCUAUCAUCAGCCGUGGGUUAAUUUUCCAUAUUGCGGCUCAGCAAGUGUCCAAUUUCUGCGCCCCGAUACACCGUGAUCUGCAGUUCAUUCGUACGCCAUGUUUCUGGUAAACGAAACCAUAUCGGAGGGCGCCAUGCUGUUGCCAAUGGCUCGGACAGCUGGCGAAAUGCCGAAGCUAUUGGGAUGGAACCUGCCACCCGAGGAGCAGUACCUAGUGCACGAUCACUGGAAAGGUUUUCCGGCACCACCCUACUACAUGCAUCUGAUGCUGGCCAUGAUCUACUUCGUACUGAUGAACACUUCAAUCAUUGGUAAUGGUAUCGUGUUGUGGAUCUUCGGCACCUCCAAAACCCUUCGCAAUGGAUCGAACAUGUUCAUCAUCAAUCUGGCCAUCUUCGAUCUGCUGAUGAUGUGCGAAAUGCCCAUGUUCCUGGUGAACUCGUUCUCGGAGCGAUUGAUCGGGUAUGGAUUAGGCUGCUCGAUCUAUGCCGCCCUCGGUAGUAUGUCCGGAAUCGGCGGUGCCAUUUCGAAUGCCGUGAUCGCAUUCGAUCGCUAUCGUACGAUUUCCAACCCACUCGACGGACGACUCAGUCGUGUACAGGCAGCCCUAUUGAUCUGUCUCACCUGGCUGUGGACGAUGCCCUUCACGCUAUUGCCACUGUUCGAGAUCUGGGGUCGGUACAUCCCGGAGGGCUAUCUGACCACCUGCUCGUUUGACUAUCUCACCGACGAUCAGGACACGCGCGUCUUCGUUGGCUGCAUCUUUACCUGGGCGUACGCGAUACCGAUGUUGUUCAUUUGCUACUUCUACGCCCGCCUCUUUGGACACGUACGUCAGCACGAACUGAUGCUGAAGAACCAGGCCCGCAAGAUGAACGUCGAGUCGCUCACGGCAAACCGUAACGAGAAGGCACAGGCUGUUGAGAUGCGCAUUGCCAAGGCCGCCUUUACCAUCUUCUUCUUGUUUGUGUGUGCCUGGACACCGUACGCCAUUGUUACGAUGAUCGGUGCGUUUGGAGACAGGACGAUGCUGACACCGCUCGUCACGAUGGUACCAGCGGUUUGCUGUAAGAUCGUAUCUUGUCUCGACCCGUGGGUGUAUGCGAUCAGCCAUCCCAAGUACCGGCAGGAACUGGAGCGCCGUCUGCCCUGGAUUGGCAUCAAGGAGGCGGAUGACAAUGUCAGCACGACCGAAAGCAAAGCUACUGUCGUCGUUGAACAAGCCUCAGGUAACGGUGGAGAGAACGCAGCCAACUGAACCGUUUCGCAAGGCGGAAAUACGACCAAAAACGGACUAUUUGAUGAUCGACCGCUCGUUCGAAAGGCUUCUGCAUGAUGCUAUAUGAUAGAAAUGUAAGUUCCCAAUUACCACAACUACCAGAGCACGUCUCAAGCAAGGCAAACUGAAAAAUGUCACUCUCUUCGAGUUCGUGCAAUACACUGAAUGACGGGUGAGAGGUGACGAAAAAAAAUAAACUGCAUUGAAUU